GGGUAGGUGAUGUCAGCUGAGUUCAGAAAGUAAACAGAGUUCCAGACUGCAGCAUGCUGUCUGCGGGACCGGGACUGCAACUGAGGCAAACUCAUGGGGGCGCCCAAUCGAUCCCCUGGAACAGCACCCCUGUUUCUAGGAAAACCUGGCUGAUCUCUGUCACCCUCUUUGUGGUCAUCUCCAUACCCCAAGGAACAGCAUGGCCCUACGACUACAGGUACUUGUACAACCACUGUCCGGGCCCCGAGUGGAGCGUGAUGUGCAGAGGCUGCUGCGAGUACGACGUGAUCCGCUGUAAGUGCCCCCUUCAGGGGACUCCGGUGGGCUACGCAGUGCCCUGCUGCCGCAACUCCGCCAACGAGUGUGACCCCUGCAUCUACCACCAAGGUUGCAGCAUUUUUGAGAACUGUAAGCGCUGCAACAACGGGACAUGGGGCCCUCGAGACAACUUCUUCAUCAAUGGCGAGUUCUGCGCCGAAUGCCGGCCCGGCUGGUCCGGCGGAGACUGCAUGAAGUGUGGGGGUGUUAUUCGGAAACAGCAAGGCCACCUGGUGCUGGAGAGCUAUCCCAACAACGCUCGGUGCGAGUGGACAAUACAAGUGGACAAACCGUUCACCAUCGAUCUCAGGUUCAUGAUGUUGAGCCUGGAGUUUCAUCACUCUUGCCGUUACGACUACGUGGAGGUGCGGGACGGAGACAGCCUCAACUCGCGUGUCAUCGGUCGAUUCUGUGGGAACAACAGGCCUCUUCCGCUGCAGAGCUCCGGCAACAGUCUGCACAUUCUCUUUGUGUCUGAUGGCUACAAGAACUUCGACGGCUUCUUUGCCACUUUUCAGGAGAGCUCAGCGUGCAGCUCUUCCCCUUGCCUGCAUGACGGGACUUGCAUCCUGGACAGUUCCUACACUUACCACUGUGCCUGCCUGGCCGGCUACACCGGCAAAAGAUGUGAACAUGUGGUGGGAUGCCGCAGGCCACCAGUUCCCGCCCACGGUUCCACUGAGGGCGUUUUUCACCACUCUGGUGCGCGCAUCACUUAUCGCUGCGACCCAGGGUUCGAGCUGCAGGGCUUUCGUACCGCCAUCUGCCUGCAGGAUGGCACCUGGAGUGCGCCUGCCCCUCAGUGUGUGCCGGUGGAAAGAGUCUGUACUCUGCCGCCCAGGCCGGCUCAUGGGGACCACUUCUUGGUUUAUGGUCCCAACGAUGUCCUCAUUGCUUUGCAAUACCUGUGCCACAAACCAUACGAAAUCAGAGGGAGCUCCCAGAGGACCUGCCUUCCAAACAACACAUGGAGCGGGACCGCUCCACUUUGCACAAAAGUGAAUAACACCCUUACUGAGGCAGAAAAGGAUAGAGACAAAACGAAAGAGCCCGACACAGGCGAAGAGGCAGAUAAACAUAGUGACAAAGAUAUCAGCGAAACUGAAAAGAAAGGUCAAGACACAAGUGGAGAAAAGGAAAGUGUUGGAGGGGAAGAUAUAAACAUCGGACAAGAGAAUACACCAGUUGUCCGCACAGAAGAUAAAUACACCGUGACCAUUCCAGAGAAAACUGCAACCGAGGGCAGAAAUAACGGAGAGCUGGAGGAGAGAAAUACUGGGUCAGAAAAGCCCACUGGAGGCACACAAGAUAAAGUAGACAGUAAAGACCCAGAUAACAGCCUGAAUACCGUCGAGGAGAAGGAGCCAGAGUCACAAAAACCACCUGAGAGAAGAGGCGAGGGUCCAAGCACGAAGCUGGAAACGGGGAAAACAGAUGUCACUGAAGCAGUGAGUAAAGACAAGGGACAGGCAGAGAAGGAAAGGAAGGAGGAGCAGGUGAACGGGAAAAGAGACCCGGACAAAGUAGGGCCCAACGACACCAAGCUGAGGACGGUCAUAUCCGAGGGCCACAACACCGUGGAGAUCUUCGAACUGGAAAUGAUGACGAACAACACGUUUAGGUACGAGACCAAAGACACAAGAAGAGUGAACAAUACCAUCGUAUCGACAACUUCAGGGAGGAAGAUCACUCCCACCAGAGUCAAUAUGACCAUGUACAGAGCAGUGGAGGAAAAAGUAGCGCCAAGAAAGGAACCUUCAGAGAAAACUAAGGAGGAGCUGGAAAGGGAGAGAGAGAAAGAAAAGGAGAAAGAAGUCAACCAAAGCUUUACAGACAAACCCUGCCCGCCUCCGCCUCGCCUUUACCACGGCUACCACCACACGGUGCCAGGGCUGGAGCCCCAAACGGUGGAGUUCAUGUGUAACCACUCCUACGCCCUGAGCGGCGACUCCAGACGGACCUGCCAGCCGGAUGGCACAUGGAGCGGCAAGCCGCCGCUCUGCGUCAGAGCCUGUCGAGAGCCCAAAGUGUCAGAGCUGGUUAAACAAAGAGUUCUCCCCCCUCAGGCCCCUUCCAGAAAAACACCUGUGCACAAGCUCUACUCCUCUGCUCUGGGCCAACAGCUGCAGUCUCUCAGCCCAACUAAAGCCCCUCCAGUGCUUUCCCAGUUGCCCAAGGGCUUCCACCAUCUUUACACACACAUAGAGUAUGAGUGUGCGUCUCAGUUCUACCAGCACGCCGGCAGCUCGCGGCGCACCUGCCUGAAGACUGGCAAGUGGAGCGGACGCCAUGUGUCCUGCUCACCAGUGUGUGGGAAGCACCCCACCUUUGACCCCCAGAGGCCGGAAGAGGCUCACUGGCCCUGGCUGGCAGCCAUCUACCGCCGCUCCACCAAGGACGCAGAGAUCAAGGUGACGAAGGCAGACGGCCAGGCGGGCUCCCCGAAGAAGGACGGUGCAGCAGGAGACGGCAACUACAACCGGGCCUCGGACUGGCAGCUGGUCUGCAGCGGGGCUCUGGUCAACCAGAGGAGCGUGGUGGUGGCGGCUCACUGUGUGACGGAGCUGGGAAAGGUGUACCCUCUGGACGCAGCCAAAAUCAAAGUGGUGGUUGGGAAGCACUACCGCGACGACCACAGAGACAGCAAAGGGCUUCAGCACCUGAGGGUUGCCUCUAUCGUUGUUCAUCCAAACUACGACCCCAAUAUUCUCGACUCAGACAUGGCUGUGAUCAAGACGUUUGACAAAGCCAGGAUUGGAGAGAAAGUCCUGCCUCUCUGCCUCUCGGAGAGCCAGGAGGAGGAGCUGACCUCCGGUCAGGGGCUCGUCACCGGCUGGUCUCCUCUGCCCGAUUCGAGCUUGGGCUCUGAUGAGAGGGCGAGGGUCGGCCUGGUCCACCUGGCCGACGUCGUCCCGUGCGAGCAGCAAUAUGCCCGUAACGGCGUGCCCGUCAGCGUGACGGACAACAUGCUCUGCGCCAGCCAGAAGCCCGACUACGGGCCGUCGAACAUAUGUCCCUCUGACACCGGAGGGGUCCUGGUCCUCCCUGCAGACUCUGAAGACCAAACCAGCAGCAGCAAGACGCACUAUCCCGGUUUUAAACAGGCACAGGGGGCGAACAAAGGGCUGUGGAAACUUCUGGGACUGGUCAGCUUCGGAUACGAUCAGGGGGAGUGUGACCCCGACCUCUACACGGUCUACACACGCGUAGCCAACUUCAAAGACUGGAUCGAAAGCAGCAUGAAAUAAAACUCAGACAGUCGUUAUCUUCAACUCUGCCUGUUUUUUAAGCGUAUUAAUUUUGUCUAAGAGAUUUUUAGUCUGAUGCACAACAAGGGCAUUAUCUGAUUGAAUGCAGAAGCAACACUGGACAGUGCAGUGCUCGAGCUGAAGGGGGUGCUAACACAUCGGAUGUGCUGAGCAGGAACCUUUUGUCUGAAGACUUCAGUGUUCAGGUCUCAGCCUGAGCUUCAAGACUUGAAAAUGACCAAUGAACCUCUCAGCUGAGCAUCCGGCUGAUGAUGGUUUGGAUUGUACUCAUGUAUAUAUAUACAUAUUAUUGUAUCAAAUCCAUAUGACUCCUGGGAUGUACAUAUUGUAUUGAAUGAGUGAAAAACCUUUUUUUUUUUUUAAUUAAAUAAAAUGUUG